GCCUGCACACACAGCCACUAUAUGCAAAAUACCAAACAGCCCCCACCAUUUUCGCUCAUCUUCUUUAACACCCCCUGCAUUGCAUUUAAAAAAAUAAAUAAAGAAACUGAAACCUCCCACAUUAUUACAAUAACUUACGUGUGUCUAUUACAGAACAUAUAUACAUACAUAGUCCAAACAAGUAUUGCACUCUCACUCUUGUCUUGUUAAGACCCACACGCAAAUAUCAUUUUUAUUCUUGUUUAUAUUAUGCAUUCCUCGUUCUAAUACUAUAGUAACCAUUUGUUCCUUGUGUUUUGUGUUGCUUUGCUUACUUGUUCGAGACAUUGUUUUGCUCAAUAUUUGGUGGGAGUUUGGGCUGAGAUUUGUAUUAGGCCAUCUGGGCUAGCUGGAAAUUUCUUGAUUUUGAUGCAAGAACUCAGCUUUUGUAAUCUUUGACGGUUUCUCAUGGAUGUUGAAGCUUGGAACCGUGAAAAUCCGAUCAAGAAAGAAUCAUGGAGGACAGUCUUGACUUUAGCUUAUCAAAGCUUGGGAGUAGUAUAUGGAGAUUUAAGCAUUUCACCUUUGUAUGUAUUCAAAAGCACUUUUGCUGAGGACAUUCAUCAUACAGAGUCUAAUGAAGAGAUAUUUGGGGCCUUGUCUUUUAUUUUCUGGACAUUGACUAUUAUUCCAUUGCUCAAGUAUGUGUUCAUAGUGCUAAGAGCUGAUGAUAAUGGUGAGGGUGGGACUUUUGCUUUGUAUACGCUCCUCUGCCGGCAUGCCCGAGUUAGCACUUUGCCUAAUGGUCAGCUCGCUGAUGAGGAGCUAUCUGAGUACAGGAAAGAUGAGAUGCCGGCUGAUAACAAAGGUUUUGGAAUGAAGUUAAAAUCGACAUUAGAAAAAAAUAGAGUGUUGCAAAAGGUAUUGCUCAUAUUGACUCUGAUCGGCACUUGUAUGGUCAUCGGUGAUGGAGUCCUUACGCCAGCUAUUAAUGUGUUUUCAGCUGUUUCCGGCCUAGAGCUUUUCAUGUCGAAGCAUCAUCACCAAUAUGUCGAAGUCCCUGUUGCUUGUAUCAUACUGGUAAUUUUGUUUUUCUUACAACACUAUGGGACACACCGUAUAGGGUUUCUGUUUGCACCCAUCGUAAUAUUAUGGCUGCUUUGCAUAAGCACCAUUGGAGUGUACAACAUCUUUUACUGGAAUCCCCAUGUAUUCCAAGCACUCUCUCCUCAUUACAUGUACACAUUUCUGAAGAAGACACAGACACAAGGUUGGAUGUCCUUGGGUGGGAUUCUGCUAUGCAUAACAGGCUCAGAAGCAAUGUUUGCUGAUCUUGGUCACUUUUCUCAGUUGUCUAUCAAGAUUGCUUUCACCUUUGUGGUUUAUCCAUCCUUGAUCCUUGCGUAUAUGGGACAAGCAGCUUAUCUUUCCAAACAUCAUAAUAUAGCAACUGACUACAAUAUUGGAUUCUAUGUAUCAGUACCUGAGAAACUUCGAUGGCCUGUUCUGGCAAUAGCUAUACUUGCUGCUGUGGUUGGAAGCCAAGCCAUUAUUACUGGGACCUUCUCAAUUAUUAAACAAUGUUCGGUUUUGGGUUGCUUUCCAAGAGUAAAGAUAAUCCACACAUCAUCAAAAAUGCAUGGCCAAAUCUACAUUCCAGAGAUUAAUUGGACCUUAAUGCUGCUAUGUUUGGCUGUUACUAUUGGCUUCAGAGACACAAAACAUAUUAGCAAUGCAUCAGGUUUAGCAGUGAUUACAGUUAUGCUGGUCACUUCUUGCCUAAUGUCUCUUGUAAUUGUUCUAUGCUGGCAUAAAAAUAUCGUAUUGGCAUUGUGCUUUAUAUUUUUCUUUGGAUCCAUUGAGGCUCUCUACUUCUCCGCUUCCCUUGUGAAGUUCCUUGAAGGAGCUUGGGUCCCAAUUGUCCUCUCCUUCAUCUUUAUGGUAAUAAUGUAUACUUGGCAUUAUGGCACACAACUAAAAUAUGAAUUUGAUGUUCAAAACAAGGUUUCCAUUAAUUGGCUACUCAGUUUGGGUCCUAAUCUUGGAAUCGUGCGGGUCCGAGGCAUUGGUUUGAUACACACCGAGCUUGUCUCCGGAAUUCCUGCAAUUUUCUCCCACUUUGUCACCAAUCUCCCAGCUUUCCAUCAGGUUCUGGUCUUCUUAUGUGUCAAAUCUGUUCCAGUGCCUCACGUUAGACCUGAGGAAAGGUUCCUUGUGGGAAGGAUUGGUCCAAAAGAGUAUCGAUUUUAUCGAUGCAUAGCACGAUAUGGCUACCGAGAUAUCCAUUUGGAUGAUGUUGAAUUUGAGAGAGAUCUUGUUUGUAGCAUAAUGGAAUUCAUCCGGUCAGAGAGGCAAGAAUCUAUUACAGGAUCAGAAGAUUCUGGGGAUGAUGAAAAGAUGACAGUUGUUGGGACAUCUUCCUCAUAUUUCAUGAAUACAAGGAUGUGUGAGGAGGACGUCGACUUCUCAGCAAUGACUGGCACUUCAGAUUUCACUGAAAUUGAGUCUCCCGAGAUCCCAAUGAAGAAAGUGAGGUUUCUUGUACCACAUAGCCCUGAAAUUGACAGGAAUGUUCGUGAGGAGCUGCAAGAAUUGAUGGAAGCAAGGGAGUCGGGGAUUGCAUUUAUACUGGGGCACUGCUAUGUAAGGGCGAAAAGGGGUUCAAGUUUUAUGAAAAAAGCUGUCAUUAACGUAGGAUAUGACUUCUUAAGAAGAAACUCCCGGGGUCCAACCUAUGCACUGAGCUUUCCCCGAGCAUCUACUCUAGAGGUCGGAAUGAUAUACCAUGUUUAAUCUUCAUAGUAGUAUAUGUAAUCAUUAUGUUGCGCGAGGCACUGUAAAUGAUAGAACAAAGCUUCUACUCGAAGCUGAUAUUAAUUUUAGCUACUGAGCUUCUAGGCAAGCUAGUACAGAAGUAUUUUGACCCAUAAUAAGUUCAGUACUAGGGGCUCUCUCCACUAUGCCUAACCUCUUCGGAUGAAAUAUACUUUGUUGUGUAA